UUAUUUGUAUGCGUUCAAAACAACAACUCGAGCCUUGAAUAGUGAUAAAAGUGCUACUUAAGUUUAAUCAGACUGACAGACAAUACAAGGGGGAAAGUUGUAAGAGGAACUGCGCAUGCGCACUGGAAUCGCCACGCUGUUCAAACGCUGUUUUCAGUUGUUGGCGGGAAUAACAACAACAUUUCUGACUUUCUGACUGAAGAACUUCGUUGAACUUAAUUUAAGAAAAUGUCGAAGAAGAAAGGCCUAAGUCUGGAGGAGAAACGAAGCCGUAUGAUGGAGAUAUUCUUUGAAACGAAAGACGUGUUUCAGUUAAAGGACCUUGAAAAAAUCGCCCCAAAAACCAAAGGAAUCACCCCCAUGUCAGUGAAAGAAGUGCUGCAGAGCCUGGUGGACGACAACAUGGUGGACUCGGAGAGAGUCGGAACCUCGAAUUAUUUCUGGGCUUUUCCCAGUAAAGCUCUUCACGCCCGCAAACGCAAACUGGACGAUCUGGAGAAACUGCACGAGGACGGAACGCAGCGGCGAGCGGCUCUUCAGCAGGCCGUAAAGAAAGCCAAAGAGGGACGACAAGAUACCGAGGAGAGAGCGACUCUUCAUAAGGAGCUCACGUCUCUGAGAGAGCAGAGAGAAACCCUGCGUGCUGAGCUGGAGAAAUAUAAAGAGUGCGAUCCAGAAGUGGUAGAGGAAAUGCGCAAAGAGAACGUUACAGCGAAGGAAGCCGUGUCCAGAUGGACUGAUAACGUGUUUGCUAUCAAAGCAUGGGCCAAGAGAAAGUUCAGCUUGGAUGAUAAUCGAUUGAAUAAAGCCUUCGAGAUUCCCGAAGACUUCGACUACGUGGAUUGACCAAGUCUGCACUAACACACACACACACACACAUAAAUACAUGUUAUAUAUUAUUUGCUCAAAUGUUAUUCAAGUAUAUAAGUUAAAAUAAAUAAAUCUAAAGAAACGCCAUGUUGUUUCCAGAGCAUCAAAGUGAGCUGUCAAUGCAAAAUGUGUUCUGUUUCUUGAGUAAAUUUCUUUUCUGAGGUUUUGCACUGGAGCUGUGAGGCUAGAUUAUUAUAUUAUUAUUAUGUUUCAUAUGUUGGUUUAAUAAAAACAAAACACGCACACACGGGUUAAGUUAAGCAUCUGAUUUUAAAACUGAAAGACGUUAUUCUUGGAUUUAGACUCAGAAAUGUGGAUGGUGAAAUGAAUUCUGGGUAAAACUUUCGCAGCUUUUUUUUUGCUGAACAAAUGUCAAAUUACAGCCUGUAAUGUUUACUUUUGAGUUAUGUCUGUUUAUACUUCUACUUUUUGUGCCUUCACUAUUUUGGUUUGUAAAUAAACACCGAAAACUACCAAAAUAGACCCCUGGUG